GCAGACUGCAGCGGCCGUGGGUCCCUGACCACCCCUGACCCUAAGCUGCUAGUAAACAUAAGCUUUUGAGACGUAAAGCCACGUAAAACUACGUAAAACGGUCUCCAGUAACGGAGUGAUAUAUUAACCUUAUCGUUACAUUGUAAUAUUAGGUGUAUAUAAUUAGGUUCACAAUGGACGUAUUUUUAAUGAUCAGGCGAAAAAAAUUGACGAUAUUUACCGAUGCAAAGGAUGACACUACGGUCCUCGAGCUCAAGAAGAUGAUUGAAGGUAUAAUGAAAGUACCACCGGCGAAUCAACAGCUAUUUAAUAAGGACAAUCUUUUAAUGUCAGAUAACAAGACUUUACAGGAUUAUGGACUGACAUCGUCAACUGCAAAAGCACAAUGUCCUGCAUUAGUCGGUUUAGCACUGCGUCAGUCUGACGGCCAGUUUGAACCUCUUGAAAUGACACCUUUCUCAUUACCACCGGAUCUGCCUGAUGUUAUGAAGUCCCAGGAAAAUAAUGGCCAAGAGCAGUCUCCUUGAAAUGAUGCAAAUAAUAUUGCGACAAUGGACGAUGAAGUUUUGUGUUCUGCGCAAUUUAGUAAUCGUCAGGGCAGCUCUGAAUGGUAAAAAGGGUAAAAAAAGAAAUCUUACGUACCAUGUGUGUGAAUACUAGAAUGUGAAUAUGGUAAUGAAUGCCGUACGAUUAUUAGAUACAUGGAACUUUAUACAAGUAUUCAGAGCUGCAAAAUUUUUUAAUAUUCAAUUUAAUAAGGAUGAUAUAUAUAGUCACGCAAUUGUCAGUCUUGUAAGGACAUGUGAUGAGUACUUGAUUAUUAGACUGAAAGUGAUAAUAAAAGUAAAAAAAAUCUGCUCACAAUUGUGCAU